UAUAAAAGAGGGUAUGAAAAGAAAUCCAACAGUACUGGAGCUCUACCUGUAGACUAUUCUCACCUCCCACCAUGGAUUGGAGAACAUCUACAGUCUGCAUACUGCUUCUGGCACUUACCGGCAUUCAGGUUGAUUCAAAGACAGUCUAUCCCAGCAACCAUGUCAACAACAUCUGUAGCAUGUGGGGAAACUUCCACUUCAAGACGUUCGAUGGAGACGUGUAUCAGUUCCCAGGCACAUGCGAGUAUAACCUGGUGUCUGACUGCCAAAGCCUCAUUCGCCAGUUCUCAGUUCAUGUGAAGAGAACAGAACACAACACUGGCCCAAAAAUCAGCAGAGUGUCGAUUUCCAUCAAUGACAUUGGCGUUGAGUUCACCGAGAAACAGGUCGUAGUCAAUGGAGAAAAAGUAACGCUGCCCGUGCAUGUCGCAGGGAUCCUUGUGGAAGAGAACACAAUUUACACCAGACUCUAUUCCAAAAUGGGCAUCACUGUCAUGUGGAACAAAGAGGAUGCUGUUAUGGUGGAACUAGACUCCAAAUAUUCCAAUCGGACUUGUGGCCUGUGUGGUGAUUUCAAUGGAGUUCCAGUUUAUAGUGAGUUCAUUGAAUCUGGACGGAGGGUUGGCUAUACUGAGUUCGGUAAUAUGCACAGAGUUCCCAACCCAACACAUGUCUGCGAAGAUCCUUUUGAAAACGAUGAUGAGCAAAAUGUGGUGGACAAAUGUGAAAAAUUUCGGGCAGAUUGCGCAGAUCUUUUGGAGGAUGAAAAGUGGUCUUCUUGUAGCUGGGUUUUGAACCCAGAGCCAUAUAUCAAAGCCUGUACGAAUGAUAUUUGCUCGAGCCAACCUGAAGAUGAAGACACCAGCAUCUCUGCGCUUUGUGCGACUUUGUCUGAAUAUUCACGUCAGUGCUCUCACUCCGGUGGAACUCCACCGUCCUGGAGGACAGCAAACUUCUGUGCCAUGAAGUGCCCCUACAAUAUGGUACAUUCUGAAAGUGGCUCCCCCUGUAUGGACACAUGCUCACACAAAGACACAAAUGAACUGUGUGAGGAACACAACAUUGAUGGAUGCUUUUGCCCGCCAGGAACUGUGUUUGAUGACAUCUCAAACACGGGCUGCAUCCCAGCAGAAAAGUGUCAGUGCAAGCAUGACCGCGUCUACAGCUCAGGAGAAAUCCUACACGAAGAUGAGGAAGAAUGCAUAUGUAAGGAGGGAAACUGGAUCUGUACAAGUAUUCCCAGCCCUGGCCUGUGCACAGUAGAGGAAGGAUCUCACUUCACCACCUUCGACGGGAAAGAAUUCACUUUCCAUGGAGACUGCAACUAUGUGCUCUCAAAAGACUGUAAGGAGUCCAAGUUCAUCAUAUUGGGUCUGAUUGUUCCAUGUUCUACUCAUCAAACUGACACCUGUUUAAAGUCUGUUGUGGUGCUGUUUAACAAUGAUAUGAAAAAUCCUCUGAUUAUUAAAGCUGAUGGGACGGUACAACACAAUGCAGAAAUUUCACUUCCUUACAUGACAGCUGACUUCACGGUGUUCAUGCCGUCAUCAUUUCACAUCAUGCUUCAGACCACCUUUGGGCUGCAGGUGCAGGUACAGCUGGUGCCUCUUAUGCAGGUCUACAUCACCGUGGACCAAAGCUUCCAGGGCAAGACUUGCGGUAUCUGUGGAAAUUUUAACAAAGUGCUGUCAGAUGAUCUGGAGACCCCUCAGGGAGUGGUGGAGGGUACAGCGGUUUCCUUUGCAAAUGCCUGGAAGGCCCAAUCCAACUGCCCCGACCGUACUGAGAGACUGGACGACCCCUGUUCCUACAGCAGUGACAGCGAGCACUUCGCUGAGCACUGGUGUUCCAAGAUGAAGGACAAGGAGAGCCUCUUUGCCAAAUGUCACAGCACUGUCAAUCCAGACAGCUACUACAAAAGAUGCAAAUACUCCAGCUGUACCUGUGAGAAGAGUGAGGACUGUCUGUGUACAGUGUUCUCCUCGUACGCACGGGCCUGUGCAGCUAAAGGAAUAAUCCUCCAAGGCUGGAGAGACAUUGUGUGCAAGAAAUAUACAGAGAAUUGCCCGGCCUCACAGAACUACUCCUAUGAGCUGCAGAACUGUCAGCAUACCUGUCUGUCUCUCGCUUCUGAGCGCCAAAGCUGCAGCGUUGACUUUGUGCCUGUUGACGGAUGCGCAUGUCCAGAGGGACUCUACCAAGAUGAGAAUGGACUGUGUGUACCUAUGGAAAAAUGCCCGUGUUACCAAAAUGGACAGAAAAUUAAUCCCGGCAAGUCUGUGACCAUUAGGGAAGAACACUGUGUUUGCAUGAAUGGAAAACUACACUGUCGUUCCUGGAAAACCCGAAUUCUGGGAUGUUCCUCUCCGAAGGUUUACUUCAACUGCAGUACAGCAGCCACAGAUGAACAUGGACUAGAGUGUGCAAAGACAUGUUUGCAACAGGAAGUUGACUGUUUCUCACUGGACUGUCAGUCUGGCUGCCAGUGUCCUUUUGGUCUAUUGGAUGAUGGGAGAGGACACUGUGUUAAACCAGACUACUGCCCGUGUAAACAUGAUGGACUGUAUUAUGCACCAGGAGCUGAGAUAACCAAAGAUUGCAAUCAAUGCACUUGCAAACGGGGAAAAUGGAAAUGUACACAUAAUAAGUGUCCAGGCAAAUGCACCAUUUAUGGCAGUGGACAUUAUAUAACUUUUGAUCAGCAAAGAUUUGGCUUUAGGGGAGAUUGCAGUUAUAUUGCUGCUCAGGACAAAUGUGGAAAUAAAAAUGGCAAAUUCCGUGUGAUCACUGAGAAUAUGCCCUGUGGAACAACAGGAACCACAUGUUCAAAGGCUGUCAAGAUACUUUUGGGGAGGACUUUGCUGCAGCUUUCUGAUGGAAAUGUAAUAGCCAUUGAUAGUACAAGUGGUCCAAAAAUCAAGUACACUGAGAGAAAUGUUGGGAUGUACCUUGUCAUUGAUGCUGACAUUGGACUGACAGUUUUGUGGGACCGCAAAACCACCGUCCACAUCAUUCUGGAACCACAACACAUGGGAGACGUUUGUGGUCUGUGUGGAAAUUUCAAUGGAAAUGGAAAAGAUGACUUUACCACUCAGGGAAAUUUGCCAACUUCAAAUAUCCUGGAGUUUGUAAACAGCUGGAAAGGAAGCAAAUGUCCGGAUGCCAAUCCAGACUCUAACCCAUGUCUUGCGACCCCCAAUCGAGAGACAUGGGCAAAAAUACAAUGUAGCAUCAUCAAGGACAUCAAGGGUCCAUUCAUAGUCUGCCAUAACAAGGUGGAUCCAAACCCAUAUUAUGAGAACUGUGUGAAGGACUCGUGUGCAUGUGACACAGGUGGAGAUUGUGAGUGCUUCUGUACAGCUGUGGCAGCUUAUGCUCAAGCCUGCAAUGAGGCAGAUGUUUGUGUGAACUGGAGAACCCCUGAGAUCUGCCCUGUGUACUGUGACUACUACAAUAAUGGAACAGAAGAUUGUACAUGGCAUUACAGUCCUUGUCAUACACCUUGCUACAAAACCUGUCUCAACCUUAAUGGUACCUGCAGUAAUAACAGUUUACCCCAUCUGGAAGGAUGUUAUCCAAAAUGUCCAGAGGAUAAGCCUAUUUUUGAUGAGCAAAACCAGAUCUGUGUGAUAGAAUGUAUACCCCCAGAAUCUACCACAUCAACUGCCCCUACACCAACAACUACCACAAAGUCUACUACAACAACACCAGAAUCAACCACAUCAACACCAGAACCUACCACAUCAUCCACCCCUACAACAACAACUUUAACAAAGUAUACUACAACAACACCAGAACCUACCACAUCAUCUACUCCUAUACCGCCAACUACUACAGGAUCUACUAAAACAACACAAGAACCUACCACAUCAUCUACUCCUACACCAACAACUACUACAACGUCUACUACUACAACACUGGAACCUACAACAUCAUCUACCCAUACACAGACAACUACCACAGAAUUCUCUACUACAACACCAUGUAUGAUAUGUUGGUGGACUGAAUGGUUUAAUGUAUAUAAUCCUAGAGUAGGAGGAGAUGAUGACUUGGAGACUUACAAAAACAUUGCAGAAAGUGGAAAAGAGAUCUGUGAUGAGCCAGUAGAUAUUGAAUGUAGGGCUGUGGGCCAACCUGACAUGAGUUUUGAUGAUUAUAUUAAUCAUUCAAAUCAAGUUGCCCAUUGCAAUGUUUCAUAUGGAUUGGUGUGUAAGAAAGAACAACAGACUUCACGGCCCUAUAAAUGCGUCGACUAUGAAAUACGUGUUUACUGCUGUGUCCCUUGUUCAAGUACCACAUCAUCUACCCCUACAACGACAACUAGCACAAAGCUUACUACAUCAACACCAGAACCUACCACAUCAUUUACCCCUACACCGACAACUACCAUAAAGCCUACUACAUCAACACCAGAAACUACCACAUCAUCUACCCCUACACCGACAACUACCACAAAGCUUACUACAACACCAGAACCUACCACAUCAUCUACCCCUACACCGACAACAACCACAAACCUUACUACAACAACACCUGAACCUACCACAUCAUCUACUCCUACACCAACAACUACUACAAUAACUUCUACAACAACACCAGAACCUACCACAUCAUCUACUCCUACACCGACAACUACUACAACGUCUACUACAACAACAGAACCUACCACAUCACCUACCCCUGCACCAACAACUACUACAACAUCUACUACUACUUCAACACCAGAACCUACCACAUCAUCUACCCCUACACCGACAACUACUACAAUGACUACUACAACAACACCAGAACCUACCACAUCAUCUACCCCUACACCGACAACAACCACAAAGCUUACUACAACAACACCUGAACUUACCACAUCAUCUACUCCUAAACCAACAACUACUACAGGAUCUACUACAACAACAUCAGAACCUACCACAUCAUCUACUCCUUCACUGACAACUACUACAACGUCUACUACAACAACAGAACCUACCACAUCAUCUACCCCUACACCUACAACUACUACAACAUCUACUACUACGUCAACACCAGAACCCACCACAUCAUCUACUCCUACACCGACAACUACUACAUCUACUACUCCAACACCAGAACCUACCACAUCAUCUACCCCUACAACUACAACAACAAAGUCUACUACAUCAACACCAGAAACUACCACAUCAUCUACCCCUUCACCAACAACUACCACAAAGCUUACUACAACACCAGGACCUACCACAUCAUCUACUCCUACAUUGAUAACUACUACGUCUACUACUACAACACCAGAACCCACAUCAUCUACCCCUACACCGACAACUACUACAGCAUCUACUACAACACCAGAACCUACCACAUCAUCUACCCCUACACCGACAACUACUACAACAUCUACUACUACUUCAACACCAGAACCUACCACAUCAUCUACCCCUACACCGACAACUACUACAAUGACUACUACAACAACCCAGACCAUUCAGAGGAUUGUGACUGACCUAUCAACAAAUCUAAACACUGUUACUAUAACGACACCUGAACUUACCACAUCAUCUACUCCUAAACCAACAACUACUACAGGAUCUACUACAACAACACCAGAACCUAGCACAUCAUCUACCCCUACACCGACAACUACUACAGUAUCUACUACUACAACCGAACCUACCACAUCAUCUACUCCUACACCAACAACUACUACAACGUCUACUACUACAACACUGGAACCUACAACAUCAUCUACCCCUACACCGACAACUACCACAAAGCUUACUACAACACCAGAACCUACCACAUCAUCUACCCCUACACCGACAACAACCACAAAGCUUACUACAACAACAACACCUGAACCUACCACAUCAUCUACUCCUACAACAACAACUACUACAGGAUCUACUACUAGAACACCAGAACCUAGCACAUCAUCUACUCCUACACCGACAAUGACUACAACUCUAACAACAGAACCUACCACAUCAUCUACCCCUACACCGACAACUACUACAACGUCUACUACUACAACACCAGAACCUACCACAUCAUCUACCCCUACACCAACAACUACUACAAUUCAUCUACCACAACAACCAGAACCUACCACAUCAUCUACCCCUACACCGACAACAACCACAAAGCUUACUACAACAACACCUGAACUUACCACAUCAUCUACUCCUAAACCGACAACUACUACAGCAUCUACUACAACACCAGAACCUACCACAUCAUCUACUCCUACACUGACAACUACUACAACAACACCGGAGCCUACCACAUCAUCUACCCCUACACCAUCAACUACCACAAAGCCUACUACAACACCAAAACCUACCACAUCAUCUGCUCAAACAGCAACAACUACUACAUCUACUACUACAACACCAGAACCUACCACAUCAUCUACUCCUACACCGACUACUACUACAGCAUCUACUACAACAACACCAGAACCUACCACAUUAUCUACCACAACAAAGACUACUACAACAACACCAGAACCUACCACAUCAUCUACUCCUACACCAACAACUACAACAACAACAAAAGAACCUACCACACCAUCUACCCCUACACCGACAACUACUACAAAAUCUACUACAACAACACCAGAAUCUACAACAUCAUCUACCCCUACACCAACAACAACACAGUCUAGAUCAACAACUGGAACAAUAAGUGUUGUUACUGGAGAAACAACAACAACAACAAAAAUAACACCUGUAUCACAAGUUGUAGAAACAACAACACCAGAACCAACCACAUCACCUACACCUACCCCUACACCAAGUUACGACUGUCCAGAAUGGGACAAAAAUACCAAUGAGACCUUCUACUUGUGUGAAUGCUAUAUGGCGAGGUGCAUAGAAGACAACAUCAUCGAAAUUAUCCCAUUUGAAUGCCCUCCACUGCAGAACAUCACCUGUGAAAAUGGCAAAGAACCAGUGCUUGUCUAUGAUGAGCAUGGCUGCUGCCAAUAUUAUGCAUGUGACUGCUUUUGUGAAGGCUGGGGUGACCCGCAUUACAUCACAUUUGAUGGACACUUCUACAGUUAUCAAGGAAACUGCACUUAUGUAUUAAUGGAGGAAAUCAGGCCUAAAUUCCAUUUGAAGAUCUACAUCGACAGUGUCUAUUGUGACCCUGUUGAGCGUGUAUCCUGUCCCAGAUCUAUAAUUGUGUCUUACAACAACCUAGUCAUAACACUCACAAAUCACAAUCUCAUAGGAGGUGCAGACCUAGAGGUUUUUGAGAACAACGUAAAGAUACCACUACCACAUGCACGUAAUGGUGUGAGAAUUGUAAGCUCAGGUCUAGACUUGAUCCUGAGUAUUCCACUGCUGGGUGUUAAUAUAACAUUUGGAGCCACUGGUUUUGGAGUCAAUUUGCCAUUCCAGCUUUUUGGAAACAACACACAAGGUCACUGUGGAACAUGCAACAACAACAAGGCUGAUGAUUGCAUGAUCCCUGGAGGGAUCUUGGUGGACGACUGUGCAGUGAUGGCAGAUUACUGGCCAGCCAGUGGUGUGAAUGGUGAAAUUUGCACUCCACCUACUGCAUUACCUACUGUUGGGGGUGACAAACCUACAUCUAAGCCAUGCCCAGUUAAUCCUGACUGCAAUCUCCUCAAAAGCGAGUUGUUCGAAGCAUGCCAUUCCCAUAUGUCCCCCGACAACUUCUUUAAAGCAUGUGAAUAUGACAGUUGUCAUAUGAGCAACCCUGCUGUGGUGUGUACCAGUCUGCAGACUUACGCAAGGUCUUGCUCUCAAUUAGGGAUCUGCAUACACUGGAGGAACUACACUAACCUUUGCAAUAUUGAAUGUCCAGCAGAUAAAGUCUUCAAUCCUUGUGGUCCAGCUGAACCACAAACCUGUGCUGAUAUACCUGGACAGAACACAAUUAAAGUGCCCACAGAGGGCUGCUUCUGUCCUGAGGGCUCAUUGCUCUUUAACAAGGAGUCAGGAGUCUGUGUGAACAAAUGCGGAUGCCUGGAUGCCUCUGGAACACCACGUGAGUUUGAUGAAGUUUUUGAGUACAACUGUGAGGAGUGUAUCUGUGACAAGGCCAGCAAAUCUAUUAAGUGUGAGCCCAAGAAGUGUCCUGAUGUGAACCCCGCGAGCUGCACUGAGCCUGGCUUUGUGCUGGUCAAUGUCACUGAUCCUUCAGACCCAUGCUGCAGCAAACAAGUUUGCAAUUGUGAUGUCAACAUGUGCCCACCUAUGGAUACAAAGUGUGCAGUCGGAUAUGCACCAGUCCUGGAAGUGCCUGAUGGAAAAUGCUGUCCAGUAAUCAAAUGCGAGCCAAAGAAAGUUUGUGUCCACAAAAAUGUGGAAUAUGAGCCUGGUACCGACAUCCCCGUUGUUGACUGUCAGGAAUGCAGCUGUACAUGGGACGUGGAUCCUAAAACGCAGUUCUUCAAGAUCAAAUGUGGAUUUGUGCAGUGCAAUGAGAAAUGUGAUCCUGGUUAUGAAUAUCUUGAUACGAACCUUGACGACUGCUGUGGAAAGUGUGUGCAAACUCACUGCAUUGUCAGUAUUAAUGGCGUCGAUCAUAUACUGAAGGAAGGAGAGACUUUGCCAUCGACAAAUCAGGGCUGUGAUAGAAUCACAUGUACUAAAGUUAAUGGACAAUUCAUCACCAACAAAUACACAGUCCAGUGUCCUCCUUUCAACAUUUCCAACUGCCAGCCUGGCACCGUCCAACUGUCAUCUGAUGGCUGCUGCAAAGUUUGUUCGGACCAAAUUAAGGGAUGUCAAGUACAGACUGUCAUCGAUUACAUAAAUCACAACGACUGUCAGUCAGAGAAGAAAAUGGACCUGACAUUUUGUGGUGGAGACUGUGCUAGUUUUAGCAGGUACACUGAACCUGGAUUGUCCUCUUGUACCUGUUGCCAGGCCACUCGCUCAAGUAAUCGCACAGUGAAUCUUGGUUGCAUAAACGGAGACAUAGUGACCUACAUGUACAUCCAUGUUGAGGAGUGCGCCUGUAGAAGAACUAACUGUCAUAGACCAGGAGUGGGCCACACACUCCUUGAAGACAGCCAAAGGAAACGCAGCUUAGGACUUCCGUGAGCAGCAGCAGUAUAUCAUCCACACAAAGUCACUGAAAUAUGAAUUCUAUGAAAAACCUUGUUUGGAAAUUAAUUUAAUUUGCACAUGCUUUGUUUAACAUUUCUAAAACUUUAUCUAUAGAUCUCUUCUUUCUUUUCUUAAAAAUGCAAACUAUUUUGCUUGUGUCUGAAAUUAAAAGCAAUAAAAGCAUCUUAAACCUAAA